GAUAUGAACAUCAACGGUCCAACUUCUCCUUUUUUGUCGUCAAAUAAAAUUAGAAAUUCUCACUCGCUUGCUUUCUUCUUCUGCAAUCACUUUCACUCAAACAGUAGUAGUAUACUAGAUUACUACUAAAUUUGGUUUGAUGAAAUCGUAUAAUUAAAGAUAAAGAUACAAUUUUUUUGUAAAAAACAGGCAAAAAAUGGAUUCCCAGAUGAUUAAUUUUCUCUUUUCUCUGCUAAUUUUCUGUUCUUUGAGCUUUUUUUGUGCUGCUUCAUUUAACCCACCUGAUAAUUACCUCAUAAAUUGUGGUUCAAACAUAAACAAAACAAUUGAAAAUCGUAUUUUUGUUGGGGAUUUAACAAAACCCAGAUUUCUAUCACUUAAAUUUCCAGCUAAAUCAUCACAAAUUUCUCUCUCCAACCCAAACCCAUCUCCAAAUUCAAUCCCAAUUUACAACUCAGCUAGGUUGUUCUUAGGUGGGCCCACUACUUAUGAAUUGAGCAUCAAAAAGAGGGGUAUUCAUUUGGUACGUCUCCAUUUUUUGCCUUUUAAUUCUCAGAAUUAUAAUCUUAGUUCUGCAAUAUUUAGUGUUUCUGUUAAUGGGUAUUCACUUUUUCAUGGUUUUAGUGCUUCUAAGUUAUCUUUGAGAGAGUUCAUAAUAAGAGUGGAUUCUGAUGAACUUGAAAUUUUGUUUACUCCUGAUGCUGCCAAAAUGAGUUUUGGUUUUGUUAAUGCAAUUGAAGUUAUUUCAGCUCCUGAUAACUUAAUUCUUGAUUUUGGAGUAAUGUCUCUUGAUAAUUCUGGUCUUAAGGAGUAUAAAAAUUUGUCACUUCAAAUUUUGGAGUCUGUUUAUAGGAUUAAUGUUGGUGGUUUGAAAUUAACCCCAUUUAAUGACACCCUUUGGAGGACUUGGAUACCAGAUGAUGAUUAUCUGGUUUUACAGUCAGCUGCGAAACGAGUGAGUAUGAAUCAUGGUCCUAAUUACAAAUCUGGUGGUGCUACUAGGGAGAUUGCUCCUGAUAAUGUGUAUAUGACUGCACAGGAGAUGAAUAAGGACAACAUGUCGACGUAUAGUGAUUUUAACAUGACCUGGAAUUUUCCUGUAAUUGAUCAUGUUAAGUAUCUAGUGAGGCUGCAUUUUUGUGAUAUUAUUAGUAUUGGGCUUAAUCAGCUCUAUUUCAAUGUGUUUAUAAAUGGAUUAAUGGCUUAUAAAGACCUUGACUUGUCUGCCGUUACAUUCCAUUCGCUUGCAACUCCUUACUAUAUCGAUUUCGUUGUGGGAAUGGAGCAUUCAGGACCUAUUCAAGUUAGUGUUGGUCCAUCUUCGUUGAGUACUUCUUUUAAGAAGAAUGCAAUUUUGAACGGGGUUGAGAUCAUGAAGAUAGCGAACAGCGAGGUUAGUAGAUCAGGACACAGAAAAAAGGGCAUGGGGAUCAUUUUGGGUUCUGUCCUUGGAGGUGUUGCUCUUUUGAGCAUUUUGGUGCUUGCUGGUUUGUUUGCACUGAAAUGCAGGAAGAAACAAAAACCUGCAUCAGAAAGUGUAGGUUGGACUACAUUACGUGCAACCGGAGGAAGCAUGUUUAGUAGAGUUACAGAAGGUACUGGUAGUGCCUCUCCACACAGGAACGUAUUGAGGAUCUCUUUUGAGGAAAUACAAUUCGCAACAAAUAAUUUUGACAGAACUUUGAUAGUUGGUACUGGCGGAUUUGGAAUGGUGUACAAAGGGGUUCUUAGAGAUGGUACCAAAGUUGCUGUAAAACGAGGCAUGCCAGGGUCUAGGCAGGGUCUUCCCGAGUUUCAAACUGAAAUAUCUGUUUUAUCAAAAAUCCGACAUCGCCAUCUUGUUUCAAUGGUUGGCUAUUGUGAGGAGCAGUCAGAGAUGAUCCUAGCAUAUGAGUAUGUGGAGAAAGGGCCACUGAAGAAGCAUCUUUAUGGAGGUAGUUCGCCACCAUUAUCUUGGAAGCAGAGGCUUGAUAUUUGCAUUGGUGCUGCUAGAGGUCUUCACUACCUUCAUACAGGUUUUGCUCAGGGAAUUAUCCAUCGAGAUGUCAAAUCUACCAACAUUCUACUUGAUGAAAGUUGUGUCGCGAAAGUAGCUGAUUUUGGGCUUUCAAGAUCUGGCCCACAUCUUGAUCAGACCCAUGUAAGCACUGGUGUAAAAGGUAGUUUUGGUUAUCUAGACCCAGAAUAUUUUAGAAGACAGCAGCUCACGGACAAAUCCGACGUUUAUUCAUUUGGAGUUGUGUUGCUUGAAGUUCUUUGUGCUAGACCUGCAGUGGAUCCUUUGCUUACACGAGAACAGGUAAAUUUAGCAGAAUGGGCCUUAGAAUUUCAAAAGAACGGCCUUCUAGAGCAAAUUGUUGACCCCCGUCUCCAAGGUCAAAUAAAACCAAGCUCUUUAAAGAAAUUUGGAGAUACAGCACAAAAGUGUUUAGCUGAAUAUGGUGUUGAUAGACCAACUAUGGGAGAUGUUCUGUGGAACUUGGAGUAUGCAUUGCAACUUCAAGAGGGUCAGACUACAACAGAAACAGAUGACUCAAGUGACACAUUUACUACAGAGAUUUCGGUUACUAGAGUUGUUCCUCAUGCUCCUAGCAAUAUUAUUCCUGUUAGAGAUACAAGUGAUGAGAACUUAGGCAACUCAACAAGUGAGCUUUUCUCUCAGUUGGUGACCAAUGAAGGCAGAUAGCAUACAUUGUGGUCCAGCAAAUGCAGGCUAGUUAAUUUUACUUCAGCACUGUAUAUUAUCGGUUGUAGGUGAUGCAGCCUCAUCCAAACUCAGGUCUUACAUUCGGUCAUCGAAGAUAAGGCUGCAAAUGCAAUUACACUUCGCGUCUCUUCUGAUAGUCAAAACUGGUAAUGAGUUCGUGUGUAAUAUCGUAAGGCCUCAUGUCAAAGUCUAUGCUAAUACAAUUUAUGUUAAUCA